AUGGCUGGAUGUGGACCCACCGCCCCCACCCCCACUCUUGUUACCUCUGACAUGUGCUGCCAUGCCAGGCUUCCAGGCAGUGUGGAAAAUACCAAUGACACAUUUAAGAAGGGCCUCCUCUCCACAUGCCAGGAGCCACUGGCACCGCCCUUGCCACCCCCGGGGACAAGGUUUAUUCUGGCAAAGCAGAGACUGCUGGUUCAUCCGGCAAAGGAGCUGGGGUUGCCCAUCCAAAAGAGGAUGUGGCUAAAACGGAACUCAGUCACCAUCCUGAAGCCACGGCAAAGGUGGUUGCGUAGUCAGCAGCUGUCCACUGCCUUCAUAGAUGACAUGAUGACAGCAGCUCUAGUGGGCAGCAAGGUGGGACUGAGGUUCCAUGUCAGGAGGAAACAAGAAGGGGCUGAGACGCUGCUACAGGUCUUCUGUCUCUCGGAGGGCAAGCAGGUAUUUGGCUGUGCUUACCUUUCCCUCUCUCCCAUGCGGGUGGCAACCAUCAGGAUCCCCCAAGCCCCAGCUGCUGGCCUGCAGCCUGCCUUCUUAAUUACUGCCAUGGCAGCAGGACCUGAGGGUGCCAGUCCUGGGGCUCAGCCCUGGCAGGGUGGGGGGAGCCGCUGGGUGCCCGCAGGGCAGAGGGAGCAGCGGGCUGCCGGUCAGCUCUGCCAGGCACCCCCAGCCUCAGAUCUCCCCAGUUCUGGAGAGCUUAUCCAAAGACUGCUAGGCUUUUGUCCUGGCCACUUCAGAGAGAUCAAAGGAGCAGCGCAAGCCCGGUGUGACAAGCCAGUUGCUCUGGGUAAACGUGUACCUCUAUCUCGCCUGACUCCUCAGAAGCCGCAGGAGUGCUUGAACCCACAGCGUGGCUGUCUCCACAGGAGGGUCAGCGGCUCUCCUGGGGGAGGCUUUGAAACUUGUCAGGGCAGGCAGUGCUGCUCCAGGGGCAUCCUUAAUCUUAAUCUUCGGCCUCUCAUCCUGGGGUUGCAUGUAAAUUGUUACGGAAAGAGCAAGUUCUGCAGCUUCCACCGGGAGUCUGUGCACCACCCUGCCUAUGCUGUUCCCUGGCAGUCUGGGGGUUGUGGCAUGGCUGAUGGGCUCAACAGCCUUGAGCUAAAGGCAAGGCAAUUCCUCCUCUGCUCUCAUGUGAAUUGCCUCAUUGAAGAAGCCGCCAAAAGGGAGAAGGUCAAGUUUCAGCACAUCGUGUCUAUCCAUGGGGUGUGCAAGCAGCCCCUGGGCAUUGUGGUGGGGUUUAGUGCCAACACCUCCCUGGAGAAGAUGCCCACCCACAGCCUCUGCUGGCAGCUCAGGUUCUGCAUCAUCCCUGAGACCAGCUUGGCCAUGAACUUCCUGCACAGCAUUAAGCCACCUCUGCUCCACUUGGAUUUCAAGCCAGGCAGCAUCCUCUUAGACAGCAACAUGUGUGUCAAGAUUUCAGACUUCGGCCUAUCCAAGUGGAUGCAGUGCAUUGGGAGGUCAGCCCUGUAGGGCUUGUUCAGCUAUCCCCCUGAGAUGUUCUCGGAGAGCAGCAAGGCCCCAGGGCCCAAAUCCGACAUCAUGUCCCCAUCAGUCUUCUGGGAGCUCCUCACUCGGAAGAAGCCUCACUCAGGGUUCACCAUGACAACCAUCAUUAUCCAAGUGGCCGCAGGUGUGCCCUCCCUGCAGCCUGUCUCCGACAUGUGGCCAGGUGUGGCCCACAGCUGGGGGGACCUGAUGAGGCGCUGCUGGGAGCAGGACCCCAGGAAGGGGCCGUGCUUGGCGGACAUCACAGUGGAGACAGACUUGCUGUUGUCACUGCUGCAGUCCUGAGGCAGGCCCGAGAGUUAAGCCCUGGCCAGGAAGGAAGGGGUCCUGCAAGCCAUCGCUGUUCCAGCCUUGGAUGGGAGUGUCAGCGAGGAAGCCGGCCCGGAGCUAACAAACAGCAAUGCAGGAAACUACUUGGAGCAGGUCCUACAACUCUCCCGCAACAAGAGCUUGGUCCCGAGUGAUGAGGAACCGCACAUCUAUGAGAACAAGGUCACUCCCCUCCAAUUCCUGGUGGCCCAGGGCAGGGUAGAGUGGGCGAGGCUUCUGCUGGCCCACAAGAUGGACGUGGACUGCCAGGGGGCCUCUGCCUACACACCCUUCCUCAUCGCCACCCAGGACCAGCAGCCAAACCCCUGUGCCCUGCUUUUGGUUCAUGGCACUGAUGCCAAUGUGGCAGACAAGGACGGCUGGGACCCCCUGCGUUUUGCAGCCCAGAAUGGGGACAACAGCACUGUGCACCUGCUCCUGGACCACAGGGCCCACAUGGAUGCUCAGGAGCAUGAGGGGUGGACGCCACUUCACCUGGCCACACAGAAUAACUUGGAGAAUGAGGCAUGGCUUCUGGUCUCCCGCCAAGCUGACCUCAACCUGCACGCAGCUGAGGGCAAGCCCCUCCACAUGGCUGACUACAUUGGCCGUGUCAGCCCCGCCAAGCUGCUGACAGGCCAGGGGGCUAAGUUGGCUCGGCAGGGAAACCUGAGGACACCACUGCACCUGGCAGUGGAACAGGGCAAAGUGGGGGCCACCUAACACCUGCUGAGUGGGCUGGGCCCCGACGCCCUUGAUCAGAGUGGCUACAGCCCGCUGCACACCAAGGCUGCCAAGGGCAAGUACCCUAUCUGCAAGACGCUGCUCAGGUCAGUCGAGCUGCCCGCCCAGCAGGGCUGGUCACCCAUGCAUCUAGCAGCCUACAAGGGCUACCUGGAGAUCAUCCACCUGCUGGCUGAGAGCCAUGCACACUUCGGCACUCUCAGAGGCAUGAACUGGACACCCAUGCACCUAGCUUCCUGCCAUGGGGAGGUGGCAGUGUUGGCACUGCUGGGGUGUGGGGCUGACCCCAAUGCUGCCAAGCAGUCGGGCUGGACACCCCUCCACCUGGCAGUGCAGAGAGGUGCCUGUCUGAGCACCACCAGUCUUCUGGAGUACUCUGCAGAUAUCUGUGCCCAUAGCCAGGUGUGCUGGACACCUGCCCACCUGUCUGCCCUCAAGGGCAACACAGCCAUCCUCACAGUGCUGGUCAAGGCUGGCACCCAGCUGCACAUCCAGGAUGGAGUGGGUUGUACCUCCUGGCAGCCGGCCCUCUGGAGGCAAAAGCAGGACACUGUGGCCUUCCUAGAGGGCAAGGAGCCCCUCCUGGCCAUUCUGGGUGCUGCCAAGCGAGAAGCCCAGACAGUUUAGCCAACUUGGGGUCUCCUUGCCUGGAUGGAGGAGGGAUAGGUGGAAGUGAAACUGGGCUUCUGGGAAGGUCUUUUCUCCAUCCUGCGCCUUUGACCUUGAGAGGAAGCAGGAAGCUGGUCUCCCAGGGGAUGGAGGGAGGGGCAGAGGUGCCACUGAGGUUGUAGCUGGGGAAGGGCCCCUGGCUUGGAGAGCUGCUCCCAGCACUUCCUCCAAGUCAUCUCCGGCAGGCCCCAGGCCUCCUCCUCCUGCUCUACGUGGGCUCAACCCCCCAAGGAGAAUUCCCUCUCCCCUCCCAAGAAUGCUGCCACCUUUUGCCACAUGCCCCGGAGUUCACAGGGCCCUUGUGUCCCAGGAAACGCCCUCUGAAGACAACGGCAGGCACUGCAGUGAGGGUAGUGGGCUCGUCUUACCUCAGGCUGGGGCAGGGGUGCCAGACACUCCUGCUUUGCUCCUUUUCACAGAAGCUAAAAGUUCCGAGGAAAUUUCUGCUCACUGUUUAAAGUCUCAGACAGGCCCCUGUUGCCACACUGACCACCCCUUCCCAGUGGCCCUGGUCCCAGUGCCUGGGUCCACCUCACGGUCUCUUGAGGGUAAACCAAGGGUGCACUCCGACGUGGAUGAGAGAUCCUACGUGGGACGCGCGGUCACUGGUCCCCGGCCCCACCCUUCUCGGUGUCCAGUUGCACAGCCGGGUUUCAAGCCCUGAAGUCAAUACAGCUGUGGGUCGGAGCCUGCCCUUUACAGAUGGGUGGGCCUGGGGCCAGGUUGGAUAUAGGGGCCAGGAGUGCCACUGUGGGGUGCGUGUUUGCAUGUGCAUGCGUGUGAUUGUCUGGUGUGGGCUGUGUGUACAUAUAGGGGCCAGGAGUGUCGGUGUGGGGUGCGUGUGUGCAUGUGCACACGUGUGAUUGUCUGGUGUGGGCUGUGUGUACAUAUAGGGGCCAGGAGUGCUAGUGUGGGGUGCGUGUGUGCAUGUGCACGUGUGUGGUUGUCUGGUGUGGGCUGUGUGUACAUAUAGGGGCCAGGAGUGCUAGUGUGGGGUGCGUGUGUACAUGUGCAUGUGUGUGAUUGUCUGGUGUGGGCUGUGUGUGCAUAAUCUGUACGUUCACACGGUGCAGGGAGGCAGGGGCAGCUAGGGGCUCGGGGAGGGGGUGGUGAUGGUGAGGGUGGCUUAUCUGGGCUCGGGAUGGAGCUCACAGGGCAGAGAUUUAGCUUCUCGGCAGUGGCUCAGAGAGCUCGCACCUGUGACAACACCCUGGCCUCCCGUCAGCUGGCCUGCUGGUUGAGGGCAGGCUGGGGCAGAGCUGGGGCUGCUCACACUAACUGUGUGACCGGGGCCCUGGCUCGGGGGCCAGUGGGCUUCCAGCAAAGCGGGUGAUCAUUGGGAGGCGGGGCAGAACGGUGCCCCCGGGUCCCAUCCUGCUCCUCUCCACCUGUCCACACUGCUGCACAGCACAGUGAAAGCAGCCACUCCAACUCAUACACACACAACCGUAGUUUUCAGUUGUCAGAGAAAGGGAAUCGUCCGUCUCAACUCCUGGCCGGCUCUGACCCCGAGCCGGUCAGCAGGCCUGCGUUUGCAUGUUGCCCUCCUGGGCUGGGCAUUCCAGGCUGGGCACGGAGCCAGCAGUCGGCAGUCUGGUGUCAGUAUGGAAGAGAGGCAGGACAGAGGACACCUGUGGCCUCCCGUGCUAUCCUGCUGAGUGCGCGAGUCCUUUUUAGCACGGCCAGCAGCAUUGCAUCCUCCGUCCUGUGGCCUCUGGACUGUGGCUCCAGCCUGCUGGUCCCUGGACACUUUAUCCUCACCUUGCCACAGUCUGUGGCCACCAUGGAAAGCCAGGUGUGAGCCCAGGGAACUGGGGCGUGUCCUAGAACAGAGGUUAUAAUUCUAGCCUGCAUAUGAGCAUUUACAAGGAGAGGGGCUUUUUAAAUACACCAACACCUGGCUCUACCCUCGACUAAUUAGACCAGCACCUCCAGGAUCGGAUCCUGGUGUAAGCAUCACUCACAAUCCCCAGGGGAUUUGGAGGCACAGCCAAUCUGAGAACAAGCCCCGGGGGUGUCCUGUGGUUUCCUCUGUGCCCCUCCUUGGCACUGCUAUGAAGACAGUCACUGGCCAGCAGCCCCAAGAGUCAGAGGUCUUUUCCUCUCUCGGUUGGAUAAGUGGGGACCCCUGGGGACUGGUGGCAGGGGGCACUCAGCAGACCGUUCCAUCCCCCUCCUCCCUGCUAGCCGCCUGGCCCAACCUCUCUGGCCUCCCUGAGACUAAGCCUUAGGCACGACGUGUUGAAGAUGCCCCUGGGAGUUCCUUCUUUCCCAGAACCAGCGGGAGCAGGACGAGGGGAGUGGAGGAGGCUCGGGGCAGUUUGCUUCUCCCAGAACCCUGAAGUCUGAGUCUAGCUCCAAAUCUACGAUUCUGCGAGAGUCAGAGAAGGCUCUGGGGCUGCGUAUUCACAGCCAGGUGAGCUCCGGCAGUAGUGGGCGUGGUCAGGAGUGAAGCACAGGUGAGAAUGGGGCUGGCUGGUCCUACUGGAGAGUUGGAGAGCAGACCCCAAGGAAAGGAGUUAGGAAAGGUAGGUGAUCCUUUUGCACCUGGUGUCCCAUGAAUGGCAGGGAUCCUGUGGAGAUGUAGACAGCACUGUCCCUGGGAGUCCUUUCAGCUCUGGGGCUCAGGAGUCUAGGCAGAGGUCCUCAGAUGCCUGCUUCCCCCAGGAGAUGACAGGUAGGGACUUCAGGCCAGCCCUGGCCGUCACGGCCCUUCAUUGCCCACUGGCACCCUCUUCUCCCUGCUCGAGCCUCCCCUAGCCAGGCACAGACACAGACAUCCACAGCCUCUCCCUUGAGUCCCAUUUCAGCAGAGCGGCCUUCUACAGGUUUCCUAGGGAUGUUUAAAAUCAAAUUUUAGUGAGGCCCUUGAAAUUCUGGAAAAGAGGGUCUCUCGUUGAAUUUCAAGUCCUGUUUAGGAGAGUUUGGGGUGGGGGAGAAUAGGAACUCCCUGAUUUCUUACUGGGCAUCCUGACUUGGAGAUCCUACAGACCCCUUAAACUCAAAGUGCCCAAACUGAACAUUCCCUUCUCCCCCACAAGCCUGCUCCUCACCCUUUGUCCCCCAUUUUAGUUGAAGGCACCCAAGCCCCUAAGCUAGGAGUCACUCGGGACCAGGGAUGGAAACCUACCUCCACGCUGCUCCACAGGGCAGCCGCCUGCCACGUGUGCUAUCGAGCACUUGAAAUGUGCCUAGUGCAACCAAGGAAUUGGAAUUUUUAAUUUAAAUAAAUUGACAUUGCCAGCCA